AUGCCAGGCGUGCGGCUCGACACGCUGGUGGCCGAGCACGUGACGACUGAGCCCGUCGACGACGACGUCGUGCUGCUCGAGGCCAUGACCUCUACCAGCAUCGGCACCAAGACGCAGGACGCGAUGCGUACAAUGCGCGAGAGCCACGUCGUCCGGCGCAUUCGCCGCUCCAACGCGAUCCAGCGUGUGCUCUCGGGCCUCGUGCUCGCGCCGUCCGUGCUGAUCUUCGUCCUUCUCGGGCCGCCAUUUGCGCCGUACCUCCUCUGCUCGGUCGUCGUCUCGAUCUGCUAUUAUGAGUUUGCGUGGCUGAGCCACCGCAUCGUGCACCGCGUGGCGACGUCGGUCGCACUCUCGGAUCUCGCGUCGCUCCAGCCCAUUCCGGUCCUCAACCUCCGCGACUGUGCCAUCUCGCCUCUCUCGCGCGGCUAUGACAAGCUGGCGGCGGCCCUCGCAUCGACCUUGCAGACGUCGCUGCUCCUCGGGCUCACACAAGUCGCGCACCGCUACUACUGGCAUUUCCAGUCGCUGCCCGCCGAUCUCGAGCAGCAGCGGCCCGAGACGCAAGCCGUUGCGUACCUCUAUCUCUACCUCGGCGUCACGGGCUGGGUCGCCUUCUACUGCGCGUGGCUGACGCCGUCGUGGCGCUCGCACGUGCUCUUGCUGACCGUUCAACUCUUCUACGGUCUCCGCGCCCUCCACGCGUUUGGCACCAACUACUACAGCAACCACAUGUACAUACCGAGCCCCGACUACACCAAGCACGUCUUUGCGCUCAUCGCGAUCGCGGUGCACUGCAGCGGUGCGUCGACUACGUCGCCACCGGACGCGAUCCGCGUCCUCUUUGGCAUCCUUCUCGACUGCGUCGGGUAUGGCUACGUCGCGCUGCUCAUGGACCCGAUCGCUGCGUUCAUGGUCUCGGUCGUCGACGGCCGGCGCCUCGCCUUGGGCUUCCUCGCGGUCGUGUGGGGCGCCGACACUGGCGCCUAUAUCACGGGCCACGUCAUUCCCGCCUUGGGCUACGUCCACUUCCAUCGACUCGCCGAUCACAUUUCGCCGAAAAAAGACGUGGAAGGCACGCUCGGCGGUGCGUUCCUAGGGAUUCUUCUCGUGCUGCUAGUCAACUUUGUGGCGCCGCCCGAUUUGCCAGACAGCGUGCUCCGGGACCUGCGCAUGGACCGGGAUACAUACCUCUACACGUGUCUUCUCUGGCAGCUUGUGUUUGCCGUCGUCGGCGCCGUCAUCUCGCGCUACGGCGACCUCUUGGCGAGCUUGAUCAAGCGGCUUGCGCAAGUCAAGGACACGGGCGACUUGAUUCCGGGGCAUGGCGGCAUGCUCGACCGUGUCGACGCCCUUCUCUUCACGGCGGCUGUCUUUGUGCUCUACCAUCGCCUCUCGAGUGGACCGAAUUACACGAGCUACCUCCAGCCAACGUACUUGGGCUGGGCCAACCAAGCGAGUGUCCUCGCGACUUGGUUUCCGUCCGUCGUUUGA